CUGAAAAUGGCCUCCGCUCAGGACUCCACGCCAUCGACGCUUGCACAGGCUCCGCCGGCCUUGCAGCCGUCAUCAGCACCGAUCCUAUCCCGUCCCUCCACGGCGGUGUCUGUGCAAUCCAGCCAGACAUCAUCUACGGUAGCCAGUGUACACAAUGAACCUCCCCUCCAAGGCGACGAUGACGUCAACUCACAAUUCCAUGAAGAAGCGUACGGGCCCGAGCCUGGUGAGAAGGGCUACGACAAGUUUGAGGUUCGGUUCGCUCCAGAUGAUCCAGCAAGCCCCUACAACUGGUCGAGACUUCAGCGGUGGUAUAUCACCAUUCUUGGAGGUAUCCUCGUCUUGAAUGCAACGUUCUCAAGCUCGGCACCCUCCGGCAUCGUCCCACAGAUGAUGGAGAGCUUACACUUUGGUGAAGAAGUCGCCACGCUGACCAUCUCGCUCUUUGUCGGCGGGUACUGUAUCGGUCCCCUCCUCUGGGGUCCGCUGUCCGAAAGCUAUGGUCGCAAACUUCCGCUUGUGAUCGCAUUCAUUUGCUACACGGGGUUCCAAGUCGGUUGCGCUCUCUCACCCAACACAGGCGCCCUCCUUACCUUCCGAUUCCUCGGCGGUACUUUUGCAGCUGCUCCGCUGGUCAUUAGCGGUGCGCUGAUUUCGGACAUGUGGGAUGCCAACACUCGUGGGAAGGCGCUCGGUUUCUUCACUCUUGCACCAUUCGCUGGUCCUGCCAUCGGGCCCACCGUCAGUGGCUUCAUGGCUGUGGCGGGAGUUCAUUGGCGCUGGGUUUACUGGGUGCUCACCUUCUUCGCUGCCGGCUGCGGUCUCAUUCUCCUGUUCACUGUACCGGAGACAUAUACGCCAUACCUGCUUGUCAAGCGUGCCGAGAAGCUGCGCAAGGAGACCGGCGACAGCCGGUACUGGGCCCCUCUCGAGAGACGUAAAUACACCAUCUCGCAACGAAUCGAGCAGACUCUCUUACGCCCCUGGAAGAUUUUCUUCCGCGAGCCCAUGCUCAUCGCGCUGACCGUGUACAUGAGCUUCAUCUACGGCUGCAUCUACGUGCUCUUCGAGGCCUAUCCCAUUGUCUUCUCUCGCUUCAACAUUGGCGUUCAGGGCCUCAUGUUCCUCCCACUCUUCGUGGGCGGCGCUCUUGGUGUACUCGCCUACCUACUCUGGUGGAACCCUCGCUACGAACGACUUGCGCGGGAGUUCGCACCCAAUCCCGUUCCCCCAGAGUACCGUCUGGAGCAAGCGAUGUGGGCCGCGCCCAUCUUUGCCGUGUCGUUCUUCUGGUUCGGCUGGACCUCGUACCCAAGUAUCAACUACUGGGCUCCGAUGACUUCAGGUGGGGCCCUCGGUUUUGCCACCGUCUGGAUCUUCCUGGCCCUAUUCAACUAUAUCAUCGAUGCCUAUCUCUUUGUCGCUGCCUCCGCCCUCGCCGCCAACACUGUUGUGCGGUCGAUCUUUGGCGCCAGUUUCCCCCUCUUCGCGACCCAGAUGUUUGACGCGCUCAACCCGCGGUGGGCGUCCACGCUCUUGGGUUUGGUCGCCGUCGUCCUGGGACCAAUACCGUUCGUCCUCUUCAAGUACGGCCCCACAUUGCGUCGCAGGUCGAAGUUUGCGCCGACACUGCCACCGAAGGUGGAGCCCAAGAAGGGCGACGAGGCCGUAUAGUCACGUUUUAGAGUCUCGGGUGUUGUGGGGUUAUUUAUGGUUGUAUUCUAUACGGGGUUUCAGCCCGUGGCAUAUCGGCUGUAGCCUUAAUUCUUGCUUUACGACUAAUCACGCCUCGUCACAUUUUCAAGGACAGUACUAGGGAUUCACAUGCACUCUCGACAACGACUCUGGCACUCUCGUAGAUUAGAUUUUGUGUAGCAAUACCCGCAUUUCAUGAAUUCAUGUCAUCUCGCGCACAAUAUGUCACAUUCAAUCGCAAAGAGUCGUUAUCGUGGCCGC